CCAAGAGUUUUGAAUUGAGCAUUGCAAAUCAAGUGCGAACUAUCAUGGCACUGGGUUCUACAAUUAUUACCUUGCUAAUAUUAUCAUUAUUUUAUUGCCGCAAUUUACUUUGCAUAUAUGCAACAUCCUAUAGAGAAUUGCUAGUAGUGGGACAAUUGAUUAGAAAUUCAGACACACUUGUUUCAAAGGGUGGGAACUACGAACUGGGAUUUUUCACUCGAAUCAGAGAGAACUCGACCAAGUACUAUGUAGGUAUAUGGUUCAAAAAGGUAGCAAAUGACAAGAUUGUUUGGGUUGCCAACAGAGACAACGCAUUUCAAACAUCCUCGGUGUUUCUUACCAUUGACCAUGAUGGUAAUAUUGUAAUCAUAGAUGGAGAUAUGAUGUCCUACGUGACUGGUGCUCCAAACAGCAGCAACAAUAGCAUUAGGAAUAGUACCUACGCAACCCUCUUGGACACAGGAAACUUGGUACUGGUGAAUAAUUCUAACCAAGCAAUUUUAUGGCAGAGUUUUGAUCACCCCACAGAUACCCUUUUGCCUGGAAUGAACAUAGGCUACGAUACUGACACAGGACACACUUGGUCAUUGAGAUCAUGGAAGAGUACAGACGACCCCUCUUCAGGACCAUAUACCCUUCAAUAUGAUUCUCGCUCUGCGAAUCUGUCUGUUAGUAAAGGUUCAAAUGUUUUGUGGAUUGACGGUAAUUCCAAUUUUUCUUUUCAUGAUGUUUUGAACCGAGCGGAGUUCAAACAGAGCUACGGCUUGAACAACUAUACUACUAUUCCAAUUGAUAGCACUUCUCGCUUUAUACUAGAAGCGUCUGGGGAUCUUAAAUACCAAGCCUGGUAUGAGGAAUCUAAGCAAUGGAUUUUUCUACGGUCAUCAACGUGUGUGACAAACAAUUCAUGUGGAUUUUUUUCCAUUUGUAAUCCGCAAACUCCUGACCCUUGUCAAUGUCUCAGAGGUUUUAAACAGUCUAGUGCUGGUGGAUGUGUUAGGAUAAAGAAGUUGUCCUGCAACAACAAUAACAUUAAACAUGGAUAUUUCUCAUCCUUUAAUAUGUCAGUGAAAUCACUUCGACGUCAUCGUGUGCACAGGCUGGUGGAUACCGGAGCACAGUGUAAUUAUACUUGCUUCAAUGAUUGCUCUUGUGUUGCUUAUGCUUAUGAUUUUUUUGACGGUGCCUGCAUGUUAUGGAAUGAUCAAGUACCGACUCUAACCAUCACAUCAACCGGGGAUUCUUAUAAAAAUAUUGAUAAUUAUAACCUAACGUUUCAUCUCAGAGUUGCUGGCUCGGACAAACGUAAUCCAAAUUCUAAUGCAAUUGGAAGACAUGGAAACGGGAAGAGGAAUCUACUUGUAAUUGUUAUUUUGAUCUCAUUUCUACUAUUUCUUGUACUGGUUUGCCUAUUUGUUUACCGGACUAGAAAGCAAAGUGGGGAAGGUGAUGAUUUGCUCAAUUUUCAAGUAGGCAUGAGCAUGAAAGUUAAUAAAGACUCAGACAUUGCAGACAAGAGUAUAAAAGUAAGGAGGAAAGAAGUCAAGUUGCCAUUAUUCAGUUUUGCAAGUGUUUCAGCAGCGACUAAUAACUUUUCAGAUACAAACAAGCUUGGUGAAGGUGGCUUUGGACCUGUUUAUAAGGGCAUACUAUUGAAUGGGGAUGAGGUUGCUGUGAAAAGGCUAUCCCGAAGAUCCGGUCAAGGAUGGGAGGAAUUAAGAAAUGAAGCAUUGUUGAUUGCAAAACUCCAGCAUAAUAAUCUUGUUAGACUUCUCGGCUGUUGCAUUGAUCGAGAUGAAAAAAUGCUUAUUUAUGAAUUCAUGCCCAAUAAAAGCUUGGACUGUUUUCUCUUCGAAGCUGUAAAAAGAAGGAUGCUAGAUUGGGGAUCACGGGUUCGAAUAAUUGAAGGAAUUGCCCAAGGACUACUUUAUCUGCAUCAAUAUUCGAGGUUCCGGAUCAUUCAUCGAGAUUUAAAAGCUAGUAACAUAUUGUUAGACGCCAACAUGAAUCCUAAAAUUUCAGAUUUUGGAAUGGCUAGGAUAUUUGGUGAGAAUGAGCUUCAAGCAAAUACAAAUCGGAUUGUUGGAACUUAUGGCUACAUGUCUCCUGAAUAUGCUAUGGAAGGCCUUUUCUCAGUUAAAUCCGACGUCUUCAGCUUUGGAGUGCUUUUGUUAGAGAUUAUAAGUGGCAAGAAGAAUACUGGUUUUUAUCAAACAAGCUCUUUCAAUCUUCUUGGAUAUGCUUGGGAUCUUUGGACCAACGAUUCUGGAAUGGAGCUAAUUGAUUCAGAAUUGGAUGAUAUAUCCAACAAGCAUUUAGUACUAAGAUACGUGAAUAUCGGACUUCUCUGUGUUCAACAAAGUCCGGAUGAUAGGCCAACCAUGUCUGAUGUUGUAUCAAUGUUUGGUAAUGACACUGCAUCGCUUCCGAUUCCAAAGCCACCAGCAUUUCAAAAUGUGAGAGGCAUUAAAAGUUCAAGACUCUCAAAAAGCAUAGAAGGAAACAUUUCUGUGAAUGGCAUCACAGAUUCAGUCAUUGAAGCAAGAUGAGUUUUAGAGUGACGACGUCACUAUCUGUAAGAAUUGAAUACUUACUUGUUUGGGUAACAUUGAACAAACUUGUGUCAAUGCUACUAUUAUAAUUUCUUUCCUUUAUCUACUCCAAUGUUGUUUUAGUAAAAUCUGUCAAGGAUAAUCAUUAGGAGAAUAAAAUUAGAUAGUAGUUUAGAAAAUUAGUUAAAAUUUAAAUAUGCUCUAUAAAUAAAGAUUUUGUAUUUCUUUGGCUUAAUUAUAUUUGUGAUUCCUAUCAA